GGUAGAGCUGCUUUUCUUCAUUUAGCUCAUUAUGUCGCGUAUUCCUUUCAGGAUCCGAAAUACGGAACGAUCAUUGGAAUUGAUCUUGGCACCACGUAUUCCUGUGUCGGUGUGUACAAAAAUGGACGCGUAGAAAUUAUUGCUAAUGAUCAAGGAAACCGGAUAACUCCUUCCUAUGUCGCAUUUGCUGGAGAUAGUGGAGAACGUAUGAUCGGUGAUGCUGCUAAGAAUCAACUUACAAUCAAUCCAGAGAAUACCGUUUUUGAUGCCAAACGACUCAUAGGCCGUGAUUAUGCAGAUAAAACCGUUCAAGCCGACAUCAAACUUUGGCCAUUCAAGAAUACCGUUUUUGAUGCCAAACGACUCAUAGGCCGUGAUUAUGCGGAUAAAACGGUUCAAGCCGAUAUCAAACUUUGGCCAUUCAAGAUCGUGGACAAGAACAACAAGCCUCACGUUUCCCUAAAAGUUGGUAAAGAAAACAAGCAGUUCACACCGGAAGAGAUCUCUGCUAUGGUACUCGGAAAAAUGAAAGAGAUUGCUGAGUCGUAUCUUGGAAAGGAAGUGAAACACGCCGUCGUGACGGUACCAGCUUAUUUCAAUGAUGCUCAACGGCAGGCCACCAAAGAUGCGGGAACGAUUGCUGGAUUAAACGUUGUUCGUAUCAUCAAUGAACCAACUGCUGCUGCUAUCGCAUAUGGGCUUGAUAAGAAAGAAGGCGAGCGAAACAUCCUUGUGUUCGACUUGGGAGGCGGUACCUUCGACGUUUCGAUGCUAACUAUUGACAAUGGUGUAUUUGAAGUGCUUGCUACUAAUGGAGACACUCAUCUUGGAGGAGAAGAUUUCGAUCAGCGUGUCAUGGAGUACUUCAUCAAAUUGUACAAGAAGAAAACCGGAAAAGAUCUGCGAAAGGAUAAUCGCGCAGUGCAGAAAUUACGACGUGAAGUAGAGAAAGCAAAGAGGGCUCUCUCCAGUCAACAUCAGACAAAGGUCGAGGUGGAAUCGAUAAUGGAUGGCGAAGAUUUCUCUGAGACCUUGACUCGUGCUAAGUUCGAGGAACUGAACAUGGAUCUGUUCCGUGCGACGCUGAAGCCCGUACAGAAGGUCUUGGAGGACUCUGAUCUGAAAAAGGAUCAGGUCCAUGAGAUCGUGCUUGUUGGUGGUUCAACCCGUAUACCAAAAGUGCAACAACUAAUCAAAGAGUUCUUCAAUGGCAAAGAGCCAUCUCGUGGUAUCAAUCCCGAUGAAGCUGUUGCUUACGGAGCUGCAGUUCAAGCUGGAGUGAUCAGUGGUGAAGAGAACACUGGCGACAUCGUUCUUCUCGAUGUGAACCCCUUGACCCUUGGAAUCGAAACAGUAGGAGGAGUAAUGACUAAGCUGAUCACUCGCAACACCGUCAUCCCUACGAAGAAAUCGCAAAUCUUCUCCACUGCAGCGGACAACCAACCGACCGUUACAAUUCAGGUGUUUGAAGGAGAACGUCCCAUGACAAAAGACAAUCACGAACUUGGCAAAUUUGAUCUCACAAAUAUACCACCAGCACCUCGCGGAGUUCCGCAGAUCGAGGUCACAUUCGAGAUCGAUGUCAAUGGAAUUCUCCACGUAACGGCAGAGGAUAAGGGUACUGGAAACAAGAACAAAAUUACAAUUACCAACGACCAGAAUCGUCUUAGCCCUGAAGACAUUGAACGCAUGAUCAACGAGGCUGAGAAGUUCGCUGAAGACGAUAAGAAAGUGAAGGAGCAAGUCGAGGCACGGAAUGAGUUGGAGUCCUACGCCUAUUCCCUGAAGAACCAAAUAGGAGACAAGGAAAAGCUAGGCGGAAAAUUAGACGAUGCUGACAAGAAAACACUGGAGGAAGCCGUUGACGAAACUAUCAAAUGGCUCGAAAGUAAUCGUGAUGCAACAACUGAUGAACUCAAGGAACAGAAAAAGGAAUUGGAAAGUAAAGUUGCGCCAAUAACCAGCAAGCUGUACAAGGAUGCUGGAGGUGCUGGCGCGGGAGCUGGAGGCGAUGAAUCAAAGGAUGAGCUUUGA